AUGGGGGAGAGAAAGACUGGAAGCGAUGUCUUCACUGAGAAAGGGUUUAAAAAUUGGAGGAAGGGACCUGAGAAUUUUAGGGACCAUGUUGGACAAGUUGGAAGUCUUCACAAUAAAGCUACACAACAUUGUCUUCCUUUUCGUGGCCAUGAUAAAAGCGAAACAUCUAGCAAUAAGGGUAAUUAUGUGGAGCUUUUGCAAUUUAUUGCCGAUCAUGAUGAGAAAGUUCGUGCCGUUGUGUUUGAGAAUGCUCCAGGGAAUCUCAAGUAUAUUGCUCCUAAAAUUCAAAAAGACCUUGUCAAUUCUUGUGCCGCUGAAACCAUUGAUGCAAUUAUUAGGGAUAUAGACGAUGCAUUCUUUUCUAUAUUGGUAGAUGAAUCACGUGAUGUUUCAAUAAGAGAGCAAAUGGCUGUGGUGUUGCGUUAUGUGAACAAAAAAGGGCAAGUUAUUGAAAGGUUUGUGGGUGUCCAAUAUGUCUCUGAUACGACUAAUAGCAAAUUGAAAGAGGCAAUUGAGCAGUUGAUUUCUUCAACAAAUUUGAGCAUGUCCAGGCUACGAGGACAGGGGUAUGAUGGUGCUAGUAAUAUGAUAGGUGAGCUCAAUGGUCUUAAAACACGGAUUUUGAGAGAAUAUCCUCAAGCAUAUUAUGUCCAUUGUUUUGCACAUCAACUACAACUAGCUCUUGUAGCCGUGGCAAAGGGAAAUGAAAACAUUGCUACUUUCUUCACAACAGCUAGUAGUGUUUAA